AUGGUCGUCUUGUCCAGUGAUACAGUUGUUAAAGAAGUGCUGGACAAGCAGAGUGCAGUUACGAACGCACGCGGUGAUCAUUAUCUCGGCCACGACAUCUUGAGCGGCGGUGAACGAAUGCUGCUAAUGCCGAAUGGGGAAAAGUGGCGCUUACAGAAGAAACUGAUGCAAAAGAUGUUGAACGUGAAUGUUGCUCAGAGUUACGAACCCUACAUUGUCCUCGAGGAGAAGGCCCUCCUUUUCGAUCUCCUCCGCAAUCCAAAGGACUUUUAUUUACACACGAAACGAAUCCGAACGCCCGACUUCAAUGACGGAAAGAUGAAACAAUUCCUCAUCGGACUUGACUAUUUUACCGAACUUAUGCAGACCGCUACAGCUGCAUUGGUUGACGUAUACCCAAUACUCCGUCGCGCUCCAAGCUUCAUACUUCCAGCGUUAGGAAAGGCAACAGCGUGGCACAAGGAAGAGACUGAAUUCUACCUCGGCCUAUGGCAUCAAACGAAACAGAGUUUGGAGCAAGGCACAGCAAAACCUUGUUUUGCUGUUGACAUUUUAAAGUGUCAGGACAAGGAACAAUUCACGGAUAAGUUCGGAGCGUACUUGGCUGGUGGGUCGAUGGAAGCUGGAACUGAUACGACCUCCAACACUCUAUACGGAUUUAUUCAGGCCAUGGUACUUUUUCCGGACGCCCAGAAGAAAGCCCAAGGCGAGCUGGACCGUGUUUUGGGGAACAAGUUCCCAGAACCUGCAGACGCUAAAAACCUUCCAUACAUCCGCGCAUGCGUUAAGGAGUCUCUACGCUGGAUGCCGACCGCUAUUAUUGGGGCUGCCCCGCAUGCUGCCUCAGAGAACUUCCAGUCCAUGGGUUACCACUUUCCAAAAGGCGCACUGCUGGUGAACAAUGUGUACAGCAUUCACUUUGAUCCAAAGCGAUACUCAGACCCAAAGACAUUCAACCCGGCUCGCUUUGUUGGCGAUGAUAUGACCUCCCAUGAGUCCGCUGUUCAGAGUGACGUAUCGAAACGAGAUCAUUUCGUCUUCGGAGCCGGCAGGCGUCUGUGCUCGGGCAUGCACGUCGCCGAUCGAGAACUCUUUGCUGCUAUCGCUGGACUUCUCUGGGCAUUCGACAUUACGCCCGCGAUUGAUGAAGGAACGGGAGAGCCGAUUCUACCCGACCAAAAUCUCUACACGCCUACAGUAGUCUGUCGACCACAAGAUUUCGUAGCUCGAAUCACGCCACGAUCUGCCGAGAGAGCCGCAGCCGUUGAAGCCCUAUGGAAGGAAGCUAGCCAGGUCUUAAACAGCAGUGGACAGUGGAAAGAAAUACCGAAGGGCAUGAAGUUCACCGAUGUUUUAGCUUGA